UUCAUCUGAUAAUCAAUGAUACAGUACAACUGCUCCUCUCCAAGUUCACUGUUCACAGUUGUUGUGAACACGUCAUGGUGCUCCACCAAAGAAGAAGAAUGUCAAAACAGAACAGCAAACCUAUCAGACCUCUGUCUAUCCCGCAGUGCCUACCUGGAGAAAUACCUUGGACCCUGUCGUUCACCUUUCUUUCUGCCUAUAUGUGUCACCUACCUGCUCAUCUUUGUAGUAGGUGUGGUGGGCAACAUCCUAACUUGUAUUGUCAUUACCCGUCAUCGCAUCAUGCGCACAACGACAAACUACUACCUGUUCAGCCUGGCCAUUUCUGACCUCCUUGUGCUGUUGCUUGGCCUCCCGCUGGAGCUUUAUGAGCUCUGGAGCAACUAUCCUUUUCUGUUUGGAAUUUCUGGCUGCUACUUCAAAACCUGUCUCUUUGAGACAGUCUGCUUUGCCUCUGUUCUCAAUGUUACAGCCUUAAGUGCAGAACGUUAUAGAGCUAUCAUUCAUCCUCUGCACACCAAACAUGUUGCGACGAGUGCUCAUGCAAAGCGUGUUAUCCUUGUGUUAUGGGCUGUCUCUCUAUUGUGUGCCUUGCCCAAUACCAGUAUUCAUGGUGUGGAGAUGUUAAAACCCCGUUUUGGACUUACUUUCCCAGAAUCAGGUGUGUGUACAGUGGUACACGAUAGGUGGAUCUACAACCUGCUGGUGCAAGUGACAGCACUGCUGUUCUUCAUACUGCCGAUGCUGACUAUCAGUGUGCUGUAUGUGCUGAUUGGCCUACAGCUGCACCGGGAAAGGGAGUGCUUUGAUUCAAAGAUCGUGCUCAAUCAGGAUGGGGUCAAUCAGAGGGCACGUCAUCGACAAGUCACAAAAAUGCUUUGUGCAUUGGUGAUUGUGUUUGGAAUCUGCUGGGCUCCCUUUCACAUUGAUCGUGUAAUGUGGAGCUAUAUUGAUGACUGGACUGCAGAGAACCACCACAUCUUUGAGUAUGUGCAUCUUCUAUCUGGUGUCUUCUUCUACUUGAGCUCAGUGGUCAAUCCCAUCCUGUAUAACCUCAUGUCUUCGCGCUUCAGAGAAAUGUUCCGUGAGGUGGUGUGUCAAAAAGACCAUCGUCAGCUCUCAAUGAGUAGGGUCACAUUACGUAGUGUUGUUUCUGCCUCUUUUUCUGCCUCCAAUACAGUCUCAUUUUCUGUAAAGUUCAACCCACGUGAGCUGCCACACACACUCUAAAAAAUGCAAGGUAUUCUUGCAGUUUCUGAAUACCAACGCACUUAUAGUGCUGAUGUCAAAAUGUUUUAUUUGAAGUUAAAUUAAUGACUGUUUAUGUAAGCAAGCAAGCAAGAAAAAGAUUAAUAACGUCAGUGGGUGCGUUUACAAGAAGAAGAAAAAAUUAUACAGAUUAAAAAUCUUAUAAUGUUCUUAUGCAACAAAAUGUGCAUCUGCAUUGAUUUAUGCAGAAAUACAAU